AUGACUGGAAACGCCCCUCGUGUUGCCCUCGUUACUGGCGCUGGCUCUGGCUUUGGCCGUGGCAUUGCCUACAAGUUCGCCAAGGACGGCGUCGCCGUCGUGGUUGCCGAUAUCGUCGACAAGGCGGGCCAGGAGACUGUGGAUGCCAUCACCUCCAAAGGCGGCAAGGCCAUCUACGUGCACUGCGACGUGACCAAGCGGGAGGACUGGGACGCUGCGCUGGCGGCGACCGAGCAGGCGUUUGGCGGCAUCAACUUUGUGAUCAACAAUGCUGGGUGGACGUACCAGUCCAAACCGGUGCUGCAGACCACGGACAAGGACUUUGACCUGUGCAUCGACGUCAACCUCAAGUCCAUCUUCCACUCGGUGCACGUCAUGCUUCCGGCCUUCCGCCGCACGCGUGAAAAGGGUGGGCCAGCCGUCAUGGUCAACGUGGCGUCGACGGCCGGUAUUAUGGGCAGGCCCGGGCUGUCGUGGUACUGUGCCUCCAAGGCGGCCGUCAUUAGCGUCACCAAGAACCUCUCGAUUGAGUUUGGCGCAGAGCAAAUCCGGUUCAACGCCAUCUGCCCCGUCAUCGGCAACACGGGCCUCAAGUCCAAGUUUGUCGGCGAGCUUCCGGAAGAGGCCUUCCUCAAGACCAUCCCACUCGGCCGCUGCUCCGAGCCCGAGGCGCUGACGGCCACACCCCCGCCCGCAGACAUUGCCAACUCGACGUGUUUCCUGUGUACCGACGAGGCGAGCUUCCUCACGGGCGUCGCGCUCCCAGUGGACGGCGGCCGUCUUGCGUGA